AUGCUGCUUUUCGGGAAGCAAGACAGCGCCGCCACCAAGACGCCCAGUCCGGUCCUAGCAGACCUCCAGUCUCGCGAAGACCAGAGGGACCUUGACCACUCUAUCAAGGACCUCACCGCCGCCGAGAAGGCCCAUGACAAAAGCGUCAAGGCUGCAUACAACGCCCAUCGCGCCGUCGACCAGGCCAUCGAGAACGAGUAUGAAACUGCCAAGGCCCUUAACCGCGCUACCCACAACCACGAGGUCGCCAUAUCCAACGAGCAGAACGCGAGGAUCACCGCGGAGGUAGGCCGAUCCGAGUCUCCCCACCUCCAACAAGGCCUCGAGCAGAAGGGCCGGCACCUCGAUGAAUUGCACCAGCGCAAGGCGCACAACGAUGUACGUGCCCCGCCUCAGUCGUGCUGA